GCACUUACUUAAUCAGUAUGUUUUGAUAUGUGAUCGGACGCAUAGGUAUACCGGCGGUGCGCGAAAACCAAUCGCCGAUUUUACAUAUAAAAAAUAAUCAAUAUAGUCAAAAGUCUAUAAAUUCAUAUAAAGGAGUGUAAUAAAGAAAUUGCAAAAUCAUUUCAAUGAAAUAAAAAUUAAACACAAAAAAAUUUAACUGAAACAAAUAAAUAUACUAAAACUUUGGCAAACAGACGAGUUUUAGUCGAAAAAUGGCGGAUCAAAAAGAAAAAAGUAUACUCGAUACACCCGAAUACAUUGGAAUGUCUUUCGAACAACUUACAUUCGAUACUGAGGGAAACUGCUUACCACCAGUUUAUGUGCCGACCACCAUACCAAACGAGAAAGAACAUACAGAUGUGUCUUCAGCGGAAGACCCGCUUAAACCAGAUUCAAAGCCUAAAAUGCGUAGUCGCAUUUUAACCUUAGAAUUGCCGGUAUUUCUUAUAUUUCUCUCGCUUCUGUUAUCGGGCCCUGUUAUGUUGAAUCAAGAACUCUAUCAAACUUGUGUCGCCGUCUAUAACUACAAUGAGACAGACUGUGAACCAUUACGCGGUAUUAUACCAAAAACUGAGGAGGCAAAGGCAAUCGAAAAUCAGCUUCAGCCCUACGUAGCCCGAAUAACAAUGACGAACUCUAUGUUGCAUAAUGUAUGGCCGGGUAUGCUAGUUCUUUUUGUGGGACCAUGGUCGGAUAAAUUUGGCCGACGUCCAGUGUUGCUACUGAGCUUUACGGCCUUUUUUAUUGGGCACAUUAUAACCACAAUAUUAGUAACUUUUUCCAAGGAGCUAGCAUUGAACCCAUGGUUCUACUUGUUAGGCGGCAUGCCAUCUACAAUUAUCGGUGGCAGUUGCGCUAUGACAACUGUAGUCUUCUGCUAUAUAUCUGACGUUUCUGAUAUGGAAAAUAAAGCGAAGCGUAUGUUCUUUGUGGACAUUGCUAUGGGUUUGGGUGUAGUACUCGGCAAUGUCUUGAGCAGUUAUUUGUUACGUUACACCAGUGUCACCAUAGUAUGUGCCACAUCUGCCACGCUUGUGCUGUUAGGUUUAAUGUAUAUAUUCUUUUUCAUCGAUGAAAGUUUGGAUGCAAAGGAAACUACACUAUCGCAUAAAGCGAAGAGUUUCUUUGAUUUCGGACUGAUAAAAGAUCUCGUGAAGACUUGUUUUGCAAAGCGUCCAAAUUAUGGCAGAGCCAUUAUUGGUUGUACGAUUUCCAUAUUAAUGGUAACCAGCUUCAUAAUGCACGGCGAACAGGGUGUCUUCUACUUGUUUUUACGCAACAAAUUCAAUGUGACAUUACAACAGUUUACCUACUUUAUCGCCACUUUAAUAACAAUUAAGAUGAUAGGAUGUGGCUUAGCAUUCGCAGUCUUCAGGAAGCUUCUCAAACUUCCUUAUGCCACCAUUGCUAUGAUGGGUUUAGCCGGUUGUGUCCUUGAUCAUCUUACACGUGGUUUAGCGCAAAGUUUCUGGCAAAUGUAUAUGGCUUCCUCUUUCGGACUUAUGUCAGGCAUAACGGGUCCGAUGUUGCAAGCAAUCGUUGCAAUGGCGGUGCCCUCAAAUGAACUCGGUAAAGUCUACUCACUAGUAUCGUGUGCACAAACUAUGUCACCAUUGUUGUCUGCGCCCUUGUACACUUACGUCUACAACCGAACACUCUAUUUUUAUCCUGGAUUAUUCAAUUUCAUUACCACGGGGCUAUAUGUGGAGUGCUUCUGUGUUAUGAUUUUGAUAAACCUUUUUGAGCGACGAGUGGCUAACAAAGUAAAGGAAUCUGAAACCGAAAAUGGAGAAGAGGGAAAAUCGCUAACUGAAAACAAUGGAACAGCAUAGCCUUGAGGCAAAGAAAAUUAAGGAACUAACUUCAGAUAUAUGUAUGUACCUAUGUAAAUACAUAUGUAUAUGGAAAUAGAUUUUGUUUUAUUUCUGGCAUAUAUUCUUUGUUCAAUUAAUUACUAAAGUGCACUACAAAAGUAAACGUAUUUGUAAUAAACAAAAUUUAGUUUUUAAUUAGAAGUUAUAUUUAAAAAAAAAAAAAAAAUAAUUAAUGUUUUUAAUUACUAGUCGUUUUCAUUAUUGAAAUUAUAUGUAUAAAUAAGAAGUUAUAUUACUUUGUUAAGGUACAAUCUUAUAUAAUUUAAAAUAAAAAUUUAUUUACAAAUUGCA